GGAUACUGUGGUCGGCAAGACACGUCACAUACUUUUGGCGCCUGGGCUCACUCCCUGACGGUGCAUGGCUACAAGAAGAUGAUUGACCAUGGCUGGCGCAGAUCCGGCUGCUACAUCUACAAGCCAAAUUUGGUGCAGUCGUGCUGCCAGCUCUAUACCAUUAAAUUGAAUGCCCAUGCUUUCAAGGCCAACAAGCAGCAGCGUGCUGCAGUGCGCAAGUUUCAUGACUUUGUUCUUAAAUCAAGCCAGCCAUGCAAGACUAUGGAGGAAUAUCUCGCCUCUACCGACGCUUCAUCACGAUUCUCUGCCGACCUGGAGCCAGCUCAAUUUACAGAUGAGAAGUUUGCGCUGUACAAGAAGUAUCAAAUGGCAAUUCAUGGCGACAAAGAGUCGGAGCUGCAACCAAGUAGCUUCAAAAGAUUCUUGUGUGACACGCCUCUUGAAGGCCCAAACAGAUUUGGUUCUUUCCACCAGAUGUAUCGCUUGGAUGGCAAGCUGAUUGCCGUGGCGGUCCUCGACUUGCUCCCGGGGUGCGUUUCGUCAGUCUACUUCCUUUAUGAUCCAGACUAUCGAUCGUUGAGCCUCGGAAGAGUAUCUGCUUGUCGAGAAGCAAUCAUGAGCAAAGCUGAGCCAUUUGGCGAGUAUUACAUGGGCUAUUUUAUACCCGACUGCGUCAAAAUGAAGUACAAGGGUGAAUACGCUCCUUCCUUUCUCAAAGAUCCAGCAAGCACGCAUUGGUAUCCUCUUGAG